UUAAACCCGUCCCUCCCAGACCCAGUCGUCUCCGUCCCUUGGCUUAAAACUCUGCCAUUUCCCAGCGACUUUGAAGCUUCCAGAGCUUGAAAUUACCGAAUUUCGGGUAUAAUGGAUCCUCAACCUGAGCCAGUCAGCUAUAUCUGUGGAGAUUGUGGACAAGAGAACACGUUGAAGCCAGGGGACGUGAUUCAGUGUAGAGAAUGCGGCUAUCGUAUUCUUUACAAGAAGCGUACCCGUAGAAUUGUUCAGUAUGAAGCUCGCUGAGCUGAUCUCAACUGUGCAUCAUCACUAUCUCAAGUAUUUUGAGUUCUUCUGCUGCUGCUGCAUAUUUUUUAUGUCUGAUGUGAUAUAUGUUGGUAGUUUUAUUCGAUGGAUUGUAGUUAAUGUUUUCUACUUGUUGAUGGAGUCUGCUCUUGAUGUAUCAGUUGUAUUGUAGACUUGCUCCUAUGCUGUAGACACAAUGACUAAAGUUUCCAGGGAAGUCUCAUCCAUGCUGUAGGCUCUUGCAUCUUGAGCAUUUCACUUUCUAUUGUUAUCUUUUGACCGUC